UCAGUCACAUCUAUGAUACAAGUAAAGAAAAAUGGCUGCGGAGGGGUUGUUGUGUGAAGUGCUGGGAACUACGAUAUUGUGAUGACGGUGUAUAUAGGGCACUAUAGAAAGAUCUCCUGAAUAGUUAUAAGACUUUUAUAGUUCGUCGUAGUUAAUAUUUAGUGUUUUGAAAUGAACUGCCACCAAAUUUUAAGUGGAGCCUGCAAUGCAGGAGACCACUGUUUUGCAGUGGGUAGUGUCGAAGGAAUUCCUUUCACGGCAUAUGCAGCGGGCUGUAAUAUAGUUAUACUCGCCAGCACAUUUGAGAGAGUACAAAUCAUUCCUGGAGCAUUGCAUAAUUACCUUAUGAUCAGCUGUUUAGAUUGUUCAACUGACACAGGAAAAAUUGCUGCUGCAUACGAAAGUCAAGUUUGCAUAUUUGAACCAACUCCUCUCAUUCAAAGCAAUAGCACUCAUCAACUGGACUACCGAUGGGUUCAAACUGGCAGCUUACAGACGGAGUCUCAUGUAACAUCUCUGUCAUGGAAUCUGGAAGGUACCCGCUUACUCACAGGAGGAGAAGUACUACAGUUGUGGCACCAGAACAUUCCUCUUCCUGAAGAUGAUAUGGAUCAAGCACAAAGUCAUGGAGUCACAUUUGAGAUUGGUGGAGAUGCACCGCAGUCACCACAAUUACCAGGGCAAGAGGAAGAAGAUCGUGGUUGGGAGUGCGUCUGGAAAUGUCAUACAGCAACACCAGUUGUAUACAUGUCAUUCUCGCCAGAUGGAACGCUCUUUGCAACUGCAGGGAAAUCAGACCGCUUAGUAAAAAUCUGGUUUGAGAAUAAGCAAUUAUUAUUCCCAUCUAAAAGUAUUGAUCAGCCAUUUGGAGGGCAGUCAACAAUAAGUGAAGUGAAUUUUGGCUUUGUGUAUAUAGCACAUCCAAGAGCAGUUACAAACUUGUCCUGGCGAAAAACCAGCAAAUUUAUGCCAAAAGGUUCGGUGUCCAACAUGUUGGUGACAUCAUGUCGUGACAAUAUCUGUCGUCUGUGGGUAGAAACGGUUUUGCCAGAUGAUGGCUUGGUUAAUAUGAACCAAUUUGACCCCUUAGCAACACAGAAUCCUAAAUUUCGAACUCAUCGUCACAAGCACAGAUUUAUGCAGCGACUGAAGCACAUGAAGACAUGUUUCCACAUAAGAAGGCAUGCAAAGAAUCAGCAGGCUCAGGGCUUAUAUGUUGGUUCUGCCAUUCCCACACUACCUUCUACAUACAGUGUGCAUGACUUCCAUAGUUAUGGAUAUCAUGGUACGGGUGUUACUCCUGGCCUUCAUUUUCACCUUGCAGCAAGCAUUAAUGAGACUGAUAUUCCUCUUGUUCCAAGUCUGAUAGGCAGUCCUGAUUCUGAGCCCAAUUUUAUUCUACAUUGGCUCAACAAUAAAGAAAUGCAUUUCUCUCUUCAAGCUGAAAGUAUACUUCAUGAAAUAACAAAGAAACAGAUGGAAAAAGAAGAAGCUAUGGAGAACAAGGAAAAUGGAGAGCCACAUGAAUCUGAGCAGGACGACCACUCUCCACGAAAGAGACAAGCAAAAAUUGGCAAGUCUCAGUCUCAAGAUGAGAGCAGCGAUGAACACCACGGCAGCUUCCCCUCAAGCAGUGGCCACAGUCACCAAUCUAUCAGUGCAACAACAUCAAUUAACUCGUUGGCUACAGAUUCUGGACCUGCAGGAAACCUUUCAGAUCCACUGGAUACUACUAUUGAAUGUUUACUAAGAGAUUGGCAUCACAAUCCAGAUCUGCUAUACUCUAUACAUCCAAUUGAUGGCAGCUUUCUUAUCUGGAUUGUGGAGUGGCUGGAUGAGUAUCACCCAGGGUCAUUUCGCCAAGCUCAAGUAUCUUUUUCAACACGCAUCCCCAAUGCAUUUCCUCUUGGUGACGCAAUGACCAUGUCUACAAAUGUAUGUUUGUACAAUGCGUAUGGCUGCCAUAACUACAGAGAUGUGCUGAAGCCACCUUCUACUAACAAAGGGCCUGUAAGUGGACCAGCAGGUGGGACUGAGACAGAUGCUCCUACACCGCUCCCAAGUGUAAUCGAAGAGGAGGCAGACUGGGAUCCUUCAACUCCAGCUAAAGACACUUCACAGCAAGUUCCUAGCAAUGUGAAGAGUGCUGAUCCACCAGUAGCUGCUGCACACAAGGAAGCUGGGGCUACAAACCAGGAAGGGGUGUCAGCAGAUCCUUCUCCUACUCUCUCCAUGGUGUCAAAGCAUUCCAAUGGAACUCUCAAUCUCUGGCAGCUAACAUUUGGUGAUAGUACAAAAUUCUCCCAGGUUCUAAGUAUUGGGCACUCAUCAAGAGUAUCUGGUCAUCGUUUCAGGGUGAAUGAUAUAACCUGUCAUCCUGUAUUACCUCUGUUGCUUACGACAUCCCAUCACAAUAUUGCUGAUGUUAAUUCUCCACCAACUGUUUCUGAGGCACCACCAUCACCAACAUCAAAGCCUAAGGAAGCUUAUACCUACACAGGUUUCUGCAGUGAAUUAAUUUUAUGGAGGGUUGAUGCUGUUGGCCCAUUAUCUAAAGCAGGUGGUGUUUCUGAAUUAGCUCGAAUUAAUUCCCCAGAAAUUUCAGCCUUUUCAAAUGUUGCUUGGAUUCCUACACUACUACCGAGCACUACUCUUGGAAAUCUUUCGAAUUCACCAAGUGCCUGUUUUGUGGCAUCAGAUGGAAAGAGUCUGCGUGUGUACCAGGCUGUAAUUGAUGCUCGAACAUUAUUGGCAGAAGUAUCGAGUUCUGAGCGUAGAAGCAAGAUGAUGGAUUCAAUGAUUAGCCUUUCAACUGACACAUCUUCGGAUGACGGCAUAAGACAUUCAUCUUUACACGACAAAAUUAAGAUAGUUUCACAGCAGUCGACUGCAAGGCCAGGUUGCAUCAUUCAGUUGGAUCCAAUUUCUGAUGCUACACAUGACUGGCAAAACACACAAUUCCUUCAUGUAUUCCAAGAGCAGCUAAUAACUGGAGAACGUGCUGAUGAUAAGACUGGAGCAGCAGGAGAUGGUGGAGAGCGUGAGAGUGACAUUGGACUCACUGAAGCUCAGCUAGGGGCUAUGGUUGACCUUCAGCAGUCUGUUGUGUUUGAAGAGCCAUUUUACAUUGUCGUUUUGGAGCGUACCAACCAUGGAACUGUUGUGCACAUGUGGCGUCUCGUUAUUGCCUCACAGCCUGAUAUGGAAAUGUCUGGGAGUAUGAUGUAUGUGCCAGAUAGUCAGCUAGUCCAAGAUGAUGAUGAAGCAGAAUCUGGUGGUGGCGGAGGCAGAACAGCUAGUAUUGGCACCGACCAUGCCAUGCGGGAUGAUGAACCCACACCAAUGCAGACUUCACAUGUUAUCAUAACCACUACAAAGGUGUGCACCCAGGACCUGCCACUUCCAGACGGUGUAGAAGUCGUACAUGCUGCCCCUGCUGCAGGACAUCUGAGCUCUGCCUCUAUAUAUCCUGCUUGUUUUGCCCCAUACAUCAUUGUCACAGCUUGUUCUGAUAGCACAAUUAGGUUUUGGAAGUGCAAAGUAACAAAGAAGGAUGAAAAGAAGAAGAAUUAUGAAUGGUGUGAGUGGGAAAUGUUUCGCAAAGAUCAGGAAUCCACCAUUGAUAUCACAGGGCAGCCACUGAAUGUUAGUGCAGCUUACAGUGGCAGAAUAGCUUGUGCCUAUAAAUACGGAAAAUCUUUUACUCGACCUUCAAAGAAUGAUCCAGAUUCAAGAUACGUCAAUUUGUGUGUUGCCAUAUAUGAAUGUGAAAGCACAGGAGGUUCAGAAUGGGUGCUGGAAGAUACAAUUCACUUAAAAAAUAUUCAUUUACCCCGUAUUCAAGUAGACCCUCACCUGGACCUCAGCUACUUGUAUGAUAGCCGUUUUUUACAAAAGAAGCAACGUUUGAACCACAUAUUGCAAACACUGUCAUCAGAAGACAUUCGAUCUCCACUCAAGAAUGGUGAUCAGACUGGGCAUGAUCACCACAGCCUUCAAAAGACAAGUGGAGGUUUGUUAGCAGUUCCCAGUUUCAGUACAUUGCAGUCACUGCGUAAGUCAAUCAUAGAAUGUGGAAAUACCUGCCCACUUACUCAGAAACACUUAGUGCAACUAGAUUGGGUAUCAAAAGAGGAUGGUUCCCAUAUACUUACUGUUGGCGUAGGAAGCAAGAUCUUGCUGUUUACUCCUGUUUCAAGUGACCUUGCCCAAGCGAACAUGAAGGCUAUGAAAGAGUCUCAGUCAACAAACAGGCCUAUCUUGAGGAAGGCUUCUUCAUUGGCUGUUCCUCAAUUUGUGGAUGAGAUCAGGUGGAUGAAAUUGCGUAAGGUGGACUUGGUAACAGCUGAUAGUUUACCACCUUUGCCUAUGCAGAUAUCAUGGGUUCGAGACGGUAUACUUGUUGUUGGAAUGGAUAGUGAGAUGCAUGUUUACUCACAGUGGAAACCAAAAUCUUCAGUUGCUCGUGAUCGUGGUGUGGGAUUAGCCCAUCAAGAAUCAGAUGAAUAUCAAGAUUCUCGAAACUUGAGAGAUGAAGACUUAAGAAAUUUGGCUCAGGAAACUUCGCAACGUCGAUUAGCUAAUGUCAGCUCCAUGCCUCAUCUUUCCCGUGUCAGCUCCAUCAAUUUAACAAUGCUGGAUAGCAAAAAGAUUAGAGGUGCUAUUGUGCAGACUGAGCAGUUGGGAGGUUCUGAUUAUAUGCCUGACUAUGGACUUUUUGAAGCCAGCCGUAUAGCUUGCCCUGUGUUGCCACAGUAUCAUCCAAAACAACUAAUGGAGCUGCUGAACUCUGGGAAAAUACGUUGGGUGAAAGCUAUAUUAGCGCAUUUAGUAAGAUGCAUAUCAGGAACAUGUACAGUGCGACAGGGUGGAAUGCUUCAAUCCAGCACAGACGAGGAGAACCUAGUACGACAGAGGGGUUGGUCUCGUUCGCGUACGUUGUCUGUGAGCUACGUUAGUGCAGGUACUACAAGCCCUCUUGAACAGAGAGGUUCCACUACUGCCAUACCUGAGGAACUAACACUUGAUUAUGCCGAGAUAAGUUCUAUACCACCCUUACCAUUGUGGACCCUCUUAGCUGCAGACAGGGAAACAACUAGCAGUGCUGCCCAAAUCUCAGAAGAUCAGGAGGAUUACAAUCAUUUAUUUGAUGGAAGUUUGGCUGUUGAAGAUGAGACACUAGAUGAACUGCUGGAGGAUGAAAUAGAUUCGCCAAAACGUCAUGAAAGACGUUUAUCCAUGAGUCAGGAGCGACAAGGCUUGUCACAUUUUGGGCCGCGACAGGGGCGUGUCCUUUCACGGCUAUUGACACAUACACACUUACCUGGCCUUUCAAGUCUUGAUCAGAUGCAUCUUUUAGCUUUGGCGGAUACUGUUUCUACAUGCAACACAGACUUUGCAGAGCGAUUUGCUAUUGAUGCAGCAAAAACAGCAAUUGCAAAAGAAAAUCUCUCAGGAGUGCCUGAAGGAGAAGAUGUAUCCACAGAUUCACUAGAUGAUUGUGGCCUACGCUUCCUGUUGGCAAUGAAGCACUACAACUACCUUCUGCGGUGUUUGCCAUUCGCUCAACGUGCACAGUUCCAGAGACAAGGUGUUGGCACAAAUAACCUGGUGUGGGCUUUCCAUUCAGAGAGCGAAGAAGAGCUGUUAAAUCUUAUACCUUCAUAUGCAAAAGGGAGCCCAAAGUGGUCUGUGUUGAAAGAACUUGGGGUUGGAUGGUGGUUGAGGAAUCACACAGUUCUAAAGAUUUGCAUUGAAAAGAUUGCUAAAGCUGCUUAUCUAGUGAAUCAAGAUCCACUUGAUGCAGCCAUAUUUUACCUUGCAAUGAAGAAAAAGAGUUUAGUAUGUGGAUUGUUCAGAUCAAAGAGGGAUGAACGAAUGACUCAUUUCUUUGCUAAUAAUUUUUCUGAUGAUCGCUGGAGAAAAGCAGCAUUGAAGAAUGCUUUUGCACUACUUGGAAAGCAACGAUUUGAACAUGCGGCUGCCUUCUUUCUUCUAGCUGGUGCACUGCGUGAUGCAAUUGAGGUGUGCUUAAACAAGCUGAAUGACUUUCAAUUAGCCAUGGUAAUUGCUAGAUUAUAUGAAGGGGAGUUGGAUUCAACGCCACCAAAUUUCAAGAGACUUCUUUAUGAGGAAAUCUUGGGCUGUGAUAGUGAAGGUGGAAAUCAAAACUUAACAAAAGUUCACCCAGAUCCUUUCCUGCGGUCAAUGGCAUUAUGGAUUUUGAAAGAUUAUACUGGGAGUCUGAAUACUCUUCUACAAACAAAUAUUGGUUCAAAUCACCCUCAGCACAUUGAUGAUGACAGGUCUGAAGCUGCAUCAGCAAAUCCAAAUGUUUUCAACUUCUAUGUGUACCUGCGUACACAUCCACUCCUAAUUCGGCAUUAUAUUGCUUCAACUGCCCAGGACAGGAGGAAAGCCCACACUGUUGUGCUUUCUGGAUUCAGUUAUGGCACAGAAACAAAAUCUGCCAAUCCAGAUAAGCAGCUAAUGCUUGAAGAUUCCAUAACACCACUGGAACGACAACUGUACUUCACAACGGCACAUGCACAUUUCAAGGCUGGUUGCCCUGCACUGGCACUUGAAGUAUUGUCAAAACUUCCAAGCAAAGUGAUGGAUGCCAAUGGAAAUGAUUCGCCAACUACCCUGAAUAGCCCGAGUAAAUCAAGGCUCCAAGAUCAUCAGAUUGACACAGGUAUAUUGACUUGGGAAGGCACAGGAAGCUCUGACAAAGCCACAUCUCUGGAUUGGUCUGCACCAGCAAAAGCUUCCUCAAUAGACUGGUCAGAACCAGUUUCAAAGCAAAGCAAUGACGAGCUUGUCCUAAAAUGGGAUGAUGAUGAUGAAGACAUGGAAGAUGAGGAAAGCAGUGAUAAACCUUUGGAAAUGAAACAGUCUCCUGAUGAUGCACUGAACAGGAGUGAAAGUGUAGAGACAACCACAGCUAGUGGUGGCCAGUUGGACAUAAUGGCUCAACAGCUGAAGUUCAUCGCCUGUCUGAAAAUCCUUAUGGAAGAGCUUUCGACAUUGGCAACAGGAUUUGAAGUUGACGGUGGGCAGCUUCGUUAUCAGCUUUACGUAUGGCUUGAACGUGAAGUUGAGGCAUUGCGCCAGCUGUGUAACUACAGUUUUGGUGAUCCAGAUCUGACAGGUUCUGAUGAGGGCAUAAUCGAAGCGAGCCAAGAUAUACGGGAACAUAAUUCAACUCCAACAAUGAUGCGUCCUGGGGAAAAACCCACACUUCAUGAAAUCCUUAUGGCUGAGAAGAUGGAUUUUGAAGCUAAGGUGCAACGAGCUGCGAAAAGAAAAAAAUGGUUGAAAGCCAAUGAAACACUCUUGCGAACACUACAGAGUUACUGUAGCCUGCAUGGCGCCAGUGGUGGUGGACUGGCAUCAGUGCGAAUGGAGCUUGUUCUGCUGCUGCAGGAGCUUCAGCAAGACAAGAGUCAGCAGACGUUGUUAUCACCACUUCCGUUUCCAACAACACUCCCUCUUUUAUCUGCUAGUGUUGCGUCUAACAAGACUGUCGUUGGCGACCCUGUUCGGCUGUUGCAGGCCCUGGCACAUGAUAUUCUUCAGACAAUAAUCGAGAUCCGCAGGCCACCUACUCCCUCCCACACAAACUUCCGUGAAGUAUUUGUUUUGCGUGAUCUGGCUAUUGCAUUGUCAGCAUGUAUAUAUCAGUCACUUUGUGACUCUGACACAUUCAUCGUGAAGCAACAUCUCGACAGCUACCAGAGCUCUGGGUUGGAAUCGUUGGUACGUCUUAAUUCAGUCUACACUAGUAGUCACCUGAUUGCUGGACACAGUCGACGUCGGCGCUACAGCAGCGAUGAGCCUCUACAAGUUACAACACAACCUGCAAAAUGGCCAGGUGUGACCAAUUUGCGAGCUCUGCUUGCAAGAGAAAAAGACGAAGACACUCCACGAUUAAAUGUGUUGCUUUGUGAAGCAUUUGUUGCAACAUACAUGAGCCUGAUGGUGUAUGCACUCUCCACGUGUGAUGCCCUCAUUCUUUACCGUCUUGCUGGGCAGAAGUUUAGUAGCACAACUUGGGCAACUUUAUUUGGUGGUGGUGUGAAGAAGCUUUUAAAAGUGGCAAGUGCUAGCUCCAGUCAGUCUCAAACAGGCAGUGUAGACAAAGAUGUUAACACAGGAAAUACUGAGAGCAGCAUGUGGACUACAAUGACCAGUCUUACCAAGCAGCGUGUACGCCUCAAUAUGCGGCUUCUUGGUCAGUUUGGCAGUUCCCCAGGUACACCAAGUAUGAAGGAAGACAAACCAACGUACAGGGAACAAUUUCUGUCACCUGAAAUGUCAAUGGUCUCUUAUUAUCUUAUGAAGCCACAGUUGCCAGCAGAAGCAUCACAAGUGGAUUAUGAUUCAGCAGAUUCCGCAGAGAGUGAUGUAGAGGAACUUGAUGAGGAGGAAGAUGUAUUUGAAGGGUCAGUCACUGGGAAGGAGACAGUCGUGAGGGAAGACAAUACUGAACACUGUAACCCCAACAGUUACUCAUGGUGUGUGAUUCGACUUGCUCUGAUGAAACUACUACAGUACCAACUUCAAGACUUCCUCAAUGUCGCUGGCAUUGAAGCAUCAGAGCUACCAGUAUGCAGUCCCCUGAUACAUGGUGUCUUGCGUGUUGUAUCCCAGUGGCAGGAUAUCCUCAAUGAUGAGCUUGAAGCUAGGCGUCCUCCACCACUCAAUUAUAUACCAGGUUGUUAUGUGGAGACGGGAGUGACAGGACCAGCUAUUCACAAGUACCGUUCACUGUUUGAACCACAAAAUACACCAUUUCACACAAGGCAUGCAUCAGCUGCUCCAGUUCGGCGUCUUUGGUGCUAUUUGGUACGGCAAGAACCAGUUCAAGAUAUAUUCAUACGCUCUGUAUUUGGCAAGCGUCGAUCUGUAGCUUCAAUUAUGGAGCCAAGUGUGACAGUUACAGAUAGCGUACGCACUUCAGAUGAGAGAGCUUCAGAUUCAUCAUCAUCAUUUGCAGAACUAGUGAAGAUUAUUCACAAAGAUCAGGAUUCUAUAUCUGCCUUUUGUCUCAAUCAGGCCAACCCAGGGUUUCUUGCUCUUGCAACACCAAAGGAAAUACAAGAGAUGGAUAUAUCUUUGCUGUUAGAAUCACCACUGUGGCUAGAGGAUGAGUGUGAAUUUGAUGUCAUUAAUUUAACAAGGGACCCAGAGACACUCCCAGCUUCAAGUUUUUUGGUUAUCCAGACAGCUGCUGACAGGCCAGUAUUGGCUCAGUCAGCAUCAACACAGAAUCAUAGUAAUCCCUCUACACCACAACCUACACUUAGCAGCCAGACAGGACGAGGAGCCUCAGUGAUGAAAGGACUCAACUUUCCUGGGUCACACGACCCACGAUUCUGUCAGUUUGUCAUAGAGCGUAGUCGACAUUUACUGAAACCGAUAAUGAAGCACAAAGUGGAAGGGGUGAGAAGACUGUGCUCUCACCCAAUGCUUGGGAUGUACCUCACAGGCUCUCAAGAUGGAUCAGUGCAGAUGUGGGAAUGGUGUCAGCAGCAUUCUGUUGCCACUCCCAGACCAUCUGGAACAUUUGCAAAGGUGACUCGAGUGCGUUUCAGUGAACAUGGAAACAAAUUUGGGGUUGCUGAUGGAGAUGGAAAUGUCAGCCUUUGGCAGGUUGGCUUGUCAAGCAAUGGCAGCCGUCCUUUCUUUACGUACCAGUGCCACAAUAAAAUAACAAGUGAUUUUGUAUUCCUUGGGUCAUGUAGCAUGCUGGCUACAGCUGGCCACAGCUCAGAAAGUAAAAGCGUUGCAUUGUGGGAUUCAUUACUACCUCAGAAGAAGGCGUUGAUAACAGCAUUUUCCAUUCAUGAUCAAGGAGCCUCAAGUCUUGUCUAUGCACCGCAACACCAGUUAAUUAUUUCUGCUGGAAAGAAGGGUGAUGUAGCCAUUCUGGAUGUUCGACAGCGACAAGUGAGACAUCGCUUUGUAGCCCAUGAAUCGCCCAUAAAGUGCCUUGCAAUUGAUCCCAGUGAAGAGUUUUUUGUGACUGGUUCAGCAGAUGGAGACAUUAAGGUGUGGGCGUUAUCAGUCCAUAAUCUGCUCUAUUCAUUUCCUGGUGAACAUGCACGGUCAAGUUUCUUCAAGAAUAUAGGACAAGGUGUUACACAGCUACAUGUUGAUGGAGCAAGUCGUUUGUUUUCAUGUGGUGCAGAUGGCUCAAUGAAAGUGCGCCAGCUGCCAGAGAGAGAAGCUGCUGUACAUACUUUGUACUAGUUUGCUUUUCAUUAGUGGGUGACUUAAAUUUCGGCUGUGCUUCAAAUUGUAUAAAAUGCCUCUUACAUUUGUACUCUUUAUUUGAAAACUUAGCAGUGUGACAUGUGCAUAUAAAAUGUUAAUCUGCUGUGUGUUUCAUUGUUGCUCCUGUAUCAGUGUUCCAAGAAUGAGGCUGGCAUGUAAGAUUAGUGCUAAACGUGGGCAAAAUGGAUGUGUUUGUCCGUAUUAAGUGGACUAGCAUACAUAUUAUUCAUGUUCUUAUGAUAAUUCGUGUGCUGUAAUGGACUUUGAGUGACUAUCUUAUUUCAGAAUUAUUUAUAAAACAACAUGAUAUUAUUGUGUUGUGGACAAGACUGUUUUACUUUGAAUGGCUUAAGCCUUAACAUUAAUGGGACUGCAUUCCUUUUUGUAAGUUGUACUUGAUGUUAGACUGUUUGAGCCAAGACAUGUAUUUCUGUACUAAAGUUUUCUAAACAGGGUCACCACGUGUGAAUUUAUUUAAUUUCGGUAUUCAUUGAGAUCUGUGAACAAUAGAAUAUAUAUUUUUAGCAACCGUAUUUUGCCCCCAUACAUAAACUGUAGUGAUAUUAUAAGAAAGUGGGUUCAUGUUGUGCCUCCCAGGCAGCACGGAAGUAUCCCAAAAUAUUUGCACAGUAUGAAUAUAUCCUCUAGUGACAUGAACAAUAAAAUCAAGUGUUCACAUUUUGUGGGUACAACUGUUCUAUUUACAUAUGAUGACAAAAGAGGUAAUCAUCUCUUUUGUUUAAACAUUGAUUCUUAUAAUAUUGCUACUUAGUUUGAUUCUAUUAUUGCAAGUGAGAGGAAUGUGGAAAUAGGCUAAUUGAGCUUUAUGCAAGUGCAUCAAUAAAGUGCUGUGACAGGAAAUUCUCAGUAUAUUAUUGCAAGACGUAGUUCAGUUGGUAGCCUUAAAUUCAAUAACCAGAAAAUGUGAUUAAAGGUACAAUAAUUUUUACUCCAAAGGUCUAGUCCUGUAUGAUACUUUACUAGAGAAACACUAAUUGUUCAUCAUGUGCUGGAUAUGAACAAUUCCUGAGAUUGUGUAGAUAAAUACUUUAUCUAGUAGUAUGUGUCCAUGCCCAGUUAUUGUAUAUACACAUUGUAAAAUGCGCUGUAUCAAAGACAUAAUCAGUGUAAAUAUUCCUCUUCCAUUUUGACAUCUGAUAUUUUAUUCUGUAGAUAUUAGUAACUGUAAAUCUCCCAUAAUCCUUCUGGUUUGUUGAUCAGUAUUCCAAUUUAGUAAUACAGUUUUAGUACUUUAAGUUGUUUGAAAUGUGCAGAUUUUAUUUUGUGAAUUUCAUUAGUAUUUUGUUACCUAAGUGUACAUCCAAUUAUAUUAUAUAGACAAGGAAGCAGAUUGACAACAAGAGAGAAUAUUUUUUUAGUAUGUUUAAAAUAGAUUUUUCCCACUUUGGGAAACAGGAUUUUGGUUCUAUACUGAUUCUUUCUGCCUUUAUAUUGUUUUUGAAAAGAGAAUAUUCUUCUUAGAAUAAUUCCCUUCUAUAAGCCAGGAUCAUAAUGCCAUGAUCUAUACAUUUUUUUAAAAAAAAAUUAAUUAUUGUUGUGUUUGAGCCAAUAAACAGCAUUCCAUUCCACUUAUCUAAAGAGCUCCAACUCUGUUACUAUUAUCUCAAACUAACAGACAACUAAAAGAAUGUUAAAUGUUGCUGAAUUGUGCACUGUACGAACACUUAAAAUAGCCCCCUUUAAAAACUGUAACUAGAAAGAACAUAGUUAUCUCUGUUCCUGCAAGCCAUUGAACUUUAUCCUACAUUAUGUUUUUACACUUUGUUAAUUUCUUUAAUUUAAGUAUACUAGGAAGUGCUCAUAAACAAGAGUCCGUAUGGUUCCUGUUCUUGUAAAAGAAUACUUUUUGCUUCCACUGUUGUUGAGUGAUAGAGCUACAUUAUAUUUCUCUGAAUGUGUGAACCAUUGUGUUUUGCAGCUUUUACAAAAAUACUUUUACAUAAAUGCUUGUCAGUUGUUACAAAAAUUAUAAAAUAGUAUCUGUGAUAAUUGUUAUCUGAUUGUUAUUGAUUUUAUACUUGAGAAGCAUUUUUAAAUACAACGUUAAAGUCUUAUCAUAUUAUUUGCAUUUACUCUCAAGUUACCUUUUUCUUUUUAGAUAACUCUCUGUGAUCUUUAGUACUCUCCAUGUGAAAUAAAUUGUACAUCACAGAAAGUUGACCUGUGUGUAUUAGGAUCAUGUAAAUACUGCUAUAAGGGUGCUAAGAACCUAUUCAUAUGUGAUGAUAAAGGGUGCAUCUGUUUUGGAAAUAUUGUAGAUAAUUUUUCAUUCAUUCCUUCCCCUCAAAGCUACAAGGCAAAACUGCCUUCCAAGUGCUUUUUAUUAUUUAUUUGUUUAUUGUUCCAAUAUUUCCACCUGUCUUACAUUUUUCUUUCUAGGCCAACUGGAAGUUUAUGUUCUGCUUCCCUCUAGGAUACAAAUUACAUAUUUCUUUCAAUAGCACACAUGAUGGGUCUUCUUCGCUGUGGUUUGUAGGCACCAAAUAUCUAUACCCCCCUUCUCUCUCUCUCUCUCUCUCUCUCUCUCUCUCUCUCUCUCUCUCUCUCUCUCUCUCUCUCUCUCUCUCUCUCCUCACUCCCUCCCUCCCCCCCCCCCCCCACAAAGUCCUUACCUGCAAUCUGUGAUUCUUUCAUUAGCUGUGUGUACCUAAAACUAUCUUCGUGAGGCUUAGAAAAACCUUCAUCUUUGAAAUGUAAUAUGAAAGUUUGAUUAAAUUUUCUUUGUAUUUUUUUUAAACAGUAAAGAAGUUGGAAACAAGUGCUUACAGAAGACACCUGAUGCCUUUAGAAUAUAUUGUUAAUGUGUAUGUUGCUCUAUUGGAAGAGAGAAUUUGUUGAGCAGUAGAGACUUAAGUUUGUUGGCCUAUUAUUUAUUGGUCUGGAAAGGAGAGUAGUCUGUGUAAGUUAAACUAACCAUUGUUGAAAAUGUUAUUUGAAUACCGAGAGUUCGAAUUUUCUAUAUAUAUAUAUAAAUGUGUGUGUGUAUAUAUAUAUUUAUGUAUGUGUGUAUACUCAAGUUUCUUGAUAAUAUAUUAUCUUCAAGAUGUAA